CAAGGAAGAAAUGGAAAACCAAUAAAUAAAACAAAAACAAGGAAAGCUUCAAGACUUUUAACCAGGUUUUCUUCCACAAAAGUACAUGCUUCCUGUGGGCUAUGAACCAAAAACAAAAACCGCAACUUUUUCACCCUCAAACUCUUCAAUUCACAUAUUCCUGCCUACUUAAAACCCCCUUCCCCAGCUUCAUCUUUUCAACCAUUACUCGCAUCUCAUUGAUCUCUCUUAGUAUUAAUUUUAUUUUUGUAAAUUAUCGCAACAAUGAGAACUAGCUGCAAUGGAUGCAGAGUGCUCCGCAAAGGGUGUAGCGACGAUUGCGUAAUUCGACCUUGCCUUCAAUGGAUGAAAUCAUCGGACGCUCAAGCCAAUGCCACGGUCUUCCUCGCCAAAUUCUACGGCCGCGCCGGUCUUCUUAACCUCCUCAAUGCGGGCCCUGACCACCUUCGCCCUGCAAUUUUCCAGUCACUCUUAUACGAGGCAUGUGGGAGGGUGGUAGACCCAAUAUACGGUUCAGUAGGUUUAUUAUACUCAGGUCAGUGGCACCACUGUCAGGUGGCCGUUGAUGCGGUUCUCAAGGGUCUGCCUAGCAUGCAACUUUCUCCGUCGUCUGAUCUUAUCAUGUCAUCCAAUGUUGCAUCAAAUCCACCUCAGCAGAUUAUUCUGCCUCCUCUUAAGCUUUAUGACAUCCGCCACUUGUCGUCCUCUUCCACUAAGGAGUUUCCCACAGGGCCUACAUUGGUCCCCACUGGGCCCCACCUUAAGGGCCACCCUCGUAUUCCAGUUUUUGAUUCCGAUCAACUUUCAAUAAAUGACGGUAAUGGUAAUGGUAAUGAUAAUGAAGGCGAGGAUGAACAGAGUACUGAGAAGCAGAGUAUAUUUUCUGGUGAGUCAACGGAAGGGUCUAUUGCUGGUCAAAUCAGCGAGAAUGAAGUGCAGUUGGAGCUUACACUGGGGUUCAAUAAGUACGGCGAGAUGCGGUACUAAUAAUUAACCAAAUAUAUCAUGUAGUACUUUAAUGCAUAUGAAUUUUGUUAAUUAAUGAUAAUAGAUGAAUAAACUACCAAAACAAGAAAAAGAAAGGGUAUGAAGAGUUAGUAGUGAAUUAGUGAUCAAUGAUUCAGCACGAAAAAAAUAUUAGUGACGAUGAUUCACGUGUAUGUCACGUGGAUGUUUUGACGGCUCAUAACAAAAGAGAAGAAACAACGUAAAUUUUAUUACACGUCUUUGGUGCGUGUAAGUUAUACUCA